UCAGACCGGAGGGAAGAGAUUAGUCUUUAGUCGUCGAUUUUUCACAUAUUUAAAUUAGUUGACUAAAUUUGAUUACGCUCAAGGUCUGACAGGUAUGUUGCGUCAAGUAGCAAUCGGCUGCUUUAGGACUUAUCAGAAAUCAGGAGGUUUUCGCGUGUCAUCCGUUAAAAGUGCUGUAAUUAUCAUGUCGACACCAAAACGAGGACUGUCUGAUGUCCAAAGACUGAGGUUGCAACAAAAGUUAAAGCAAGUUGACAAAUUUAGCGACGAGCAGCUGCACGAAGCAAAAUAUUUUAUUUUUGUACGCAAAGAGGGGAAAGUUUUAAUUUCCAAAGCACAAAGAGGAAGUCUUGCCGAAAUUAAUUUCCAAGAUGUGGAAGUUUUACAAAACGACGUUAAAGACAACGCUGUAUUUGUGGACGUUGCCAGAGGGAGUGACAAGUGCAGAUUCGCCAUUGAAGUUCCCAGUUUAUCCCCAGAGGAGCAGAGCCAGUGGGAAGAAAAGUUGCACGGCAAGUUUGUGCACUUGAGGCAAUCAUUAUUCCUAUUGUCCUCAGAGCAGUCCGCCCUAGUUUCACAAAGCCGCGCCCUUUUCACUUGGAGACGAAGAAGAAAUUUCUGUCCAGAAUGCGGCAGUGCAGUCAAACCGGCGGCUGGGCACAGUCACAAAGUCUGCACCAACUGCGAUACUCCCCAGUAUCCUUACACGGCGCCCGUUGGCAUUGCGCUGGUCGAAAAUGAGGACCACUCACAGGUUCUGCUUGUACGACAGCCUAGGCAUCCUCCAGGCAUGUUUUCCUGUUUGGCUGGAUUUGUUGAUGCAGGUGAGUCCCUGGAGGAAAACGUUAGUAGGGAGGUCGCUGAAGAAGUGAGUCUAUCCACCAGCAAAGUGGAAUAUAUAGCCUCGCAAUACUGGCCAUACCCAGCAGGUCGGCUGAUGCUUGGUUGCAUAGCAACUGUUCUACCAGGCGUGGUUGAUAUCGACAAAGAUGAACUGGAGGACGCAGCGUGGUUCACACCCACUCGAUUGCGCAAAGCAAUUAACAGAGCAGCGGCUUUGAAGCCACCCCCUGAGGGAGAAAUUUGGCUUCCACCCCCUGGAGCUAUUGCUCACGACCUUAUCAAAGUUUGGCUCAAGAGACACCACAAUAGCUCAGCCAAGUUGUAGCCCAGUCGGGCGUGUUCCUUAUUUGUUCAUUUUUUACUUAUUGUCAGUAUAGGUAUGGAGAUUUAGGAUCAAAGAGAUAAAAAGUUUUGCGUUAAAAUAUGAUUCCCUCUGCUUGUUUUUGUUGUUGUCCAAUGUGAUGAGCAAGUCUGGAAGAUAAAUUUACAUGUGUGUACACAUGAGCGAGCACAAGCAGGGCUCCGCCUGCUGGAUGAUUACUUUUUCAAUAAAUAUCUGUCAGGCAAACAUUCCAA